AUGUACUUCUUGGGCAGCACCCUCCUCACCCUGUUAUAUCAUGAUGGUACUACGGAGAAAGAUGUCGAGACAACGUGGGAGGAUGGUUCCCCUCAUCAUAUAUUCAACAAGUACUCAAUGACCAUGUACGGGCAAACAACUAUAGACACAGACUCCGACUUAUACAGGCAGCGUCUGGCAUUACGAGGGGCAAUGUGGGGAGGGGAACGUCUCCGUUCAUGGAUCGACUAA